AUGCUUGGCAGGUACGAAAGCCCAGAAGAACAUCCCUUCUUCCCAGAUGAUUUACCAUCCCCUCUUCUGCUUCCGCCUUUGAACCAUCCCAAGCUUUUGCAUCCUGCUGCAGCUGGUAUUAACGUAAACAAGAACAUAUGGGAUAUGUACUUUAAUCAGCUGCUUCCAUUGUUUGUUGCUGAAGGAGAUGAUGGGAACUUUGUACAAACUGCAGAUUGUGAUCUUCAGUGUUUGCAGGCCCUCUCCAGAAGGAUUCACUAUGGAAAGUUUGUAGCCGAAGUGAAAUUCAGAGACGAGGAAGGAGAGUAUGCUCCUGCGAUUCACGCUCAGGAUAGGGACUGUUUGAUGAGACUGUUGACAUUUGAGAAAGUAGAAGAGAUGGUAAAGAAAAGGGUAGAGAAGAAAGCCAUGGUGUUUGGGCAGGAAGUGACCCCCAAUGAUCAUGAUGAGAAAAGAGGCAAAUACAAAGUUGAACCCUCCAUUGUUUCUCGCCUAUAUGGAGAUUGGGUGAUGCCUCUCACCAAGCUUGUCGAAGUUGAGUACCUCCUCCGUCGCCUUGAAUCUUGA